CAUCACGCAAACAUAGCAAAAAAAAUGCGUGUUUUUUAGUGUUUCUCCGGAUCUCACUUUUAGUAACUCCUGAGCUACAUUGAGUAGCAAAAGGUUGAAGUUGAAGAUAUGAUGAAAUUUUGACAACCCAGAUCGAUUUCGGAGAGAAGGAAGAUGAGGAAAGUUUGCUCACCAAGAUGCUGCAAACUUGCAAGAGUGAUGGGUUCAAUUCAGAUUCUAUUAGGAGGACUUGUAAUCCUAGUAAGUAUAACGAGUUUGUUUCGAUUUUACUCUGCCGGUUUUUUUAUGCACGAUGAGGACAUCUGCAAACAUUUUUAUGGUGUUAGAGAUUCGUACAGUGGUUUCGAUACGAAAGCUUUAUCAGAUCGGGUUGAAGAAGUGUUAAUGAAACUGGCAACAUUGCAAGAUCAGCUUGAAUUCACUGUACAAAAGAUGGACAAAGAUAGAGGAGGUAGUAUUGAUAAAUCCGAGUACAAGAAGUUUUUAGAGGAACAAGUGAUUCAACCUCUUUAUAGUGCUCAUAUUUCUCUUCGACAGAUUCGACUACCGAAAGUUCAAGAAACUAGAAAUGCGAGUACUCCCUCAGUUGAAGACCCAUUAAUCAACUCGUUUGUAGUGGAAGAGAUUCGCAAGUACAUAACCGCGAAAACGAAUAGAGUCGGAAAGGUGAAUAUAUAUGGAACAGAAAAGAUUUACAACACAAUAGGGCAUGCUUGUGUUUUAAUGAAGGAGGAAUUGGAAGAGUACAUGAAUUACGACAUUGGUUCUUACUGUAAAGAUGAUUGGCCUUUAGCUCAGAAGCUUAUGAUUAAUGGAUGCGAUCCGUUGCCUAGGAGGCGUUGUUUGACUAGAGCAUCGAAGCUAUAUCUGAAGCCGUACGCAAUUAACGAGUCGUCAUGGAAAUUGCCUGAUGGAAGAAAUGUCCGGUGGGCUAAUUAUCAGUGCAGGAACUUUGAGUGUUUAGCUGCCAAGAAUCCGAAACGAGGUUAUACCAAAUGCAGUGGAUGUUUUGAGAUGGAAAAGGAGAAAGUUAAAUGGAUGGGUAAUAGUAGUACACCAAAUGCGCCAACUUUUCGUAUUAGUGAUGUUCUUGAAGUUAAGCCUGGGGAGAUAAGAAUAGGCCUUGAUUUUGGUAUAGGUACUGGAACUUUUGCUGCAAGAAUGAGGGAACAAAAUGUGACAAUUAUCUCGACUGCUCUUAACCUCGGGGCGCCUUUCAACGAGAUGAUUGCGUUAAGAGGUUUGCUUCCUUUGUAUGUAACAUUAAAUCAAAGACUGCCAUUUUUUGAUAAUACUAUGGAUUUGAUUCAUACAAUAGGGUUCUUAGAUGGUUGGAUUGAUUUGCAACUAAUGGAUUUUAUCUUGUUCGAUUGGGAUAGAAUUCUGAGACCUGGUGGAUUGCUCUGGGUAGACCGUUUCUUCUGCAAGAAAACUGAGUUGGAUGACUUCAUGUAUAUGUUUCUGCAGUUUAGGUACAAGAAACAUAAAUGGGUUAUUUAUCCUAAAUCGAAUGACGAGGUUUAUCUAUCUGCAUUGUUGGAGAAACCACCAAGGUCACUAUAAGUACUUCUCAAAUUGUUUCUUACCAAUUCUUGUAACUUAUAAUGUUCAUGUUGUUUGAUCAUACCAUGGCAAUAUUUCUUUAUUUACAACCAUUUCUCUUCUUUAUCUGCAU